GUCCGCCAUUCUAAAUAAAUGGAGAAAUAGAUAGAAUUACAGUAAUUGAAUGAGUAGGAUGUCAGCCGCGGAUGGUGAAAUCUCAUGACGGAUUUGAAUCACACGUCAUCAGAAGAAGCUGUUUUACUUGCGAGAGGUUACAAAUUUAUUAAAAAAUUAGGCGAAGGUUCUUAUGCUAAAGUAUAUCUCGCAGAAUACAGACCGGAAACCGAUCCAGAAAGGAACAACACUUUGGCGUGUAAGGUGAUAGACACCGUGAAUGCCCCAAAGGACUUUGUUCGAAAAUUUUUGCCUCGCGAACUUGAUAUUCUAGUGAAGUUGAAUCAUCCUCACGUAGUACACGUGCACAGUAUAUUUCAGAGGAGAUCGAAAUAUUUCAUAUUUAUGCGUUAUGCUGAAAAUGGCGACCUUCUUGAUUUUGUCUUAAAGAACGGUGCAGUCUCCGAAGGUCAAGCACGUGUAUGGAUUCGACAACUUGCGCUGGACUUUUUAGGUCUUCAAUAUUUGCACGAAAUGGAAAUUGCUCACCGAGACAUGAAGUGCGAAAACGUCCUUCUUACGUCUAAUUACAACGUGAAGCUUGCCGAUUUCGGUUUUGCCCGUUACGUGAUAGAUAAUCGGGGUAAACGCGUAUUAAGUGAUACGUAUUGCGGUUCUUUAUCUUAUGCUGCCCCUGAAAUCCUUCGCGCCUCGCCAUACAAUCCCAAGAUCGCCGACAUUUGGUCGCUAGGCGUCAUUCUGUACAUUUUGCUAAAUAAAGCGAUGCCAUUCGACGACACCGACAUUAAAAGUCUCUACGAACAACAGACAAAUCGUAAAUGGAAGUUUCGCAGUAAGGUCAUCAAUUCUUUGAGCGACCAUGUGAAGAAGCUGGUUACGCAUCUUCUUGAACCGAAUCCCCAUAAACGUUGGAAACUGAAUCAAAUUAUCAAUAGCGAUUGGAUUGCUAUGGACCCCCGACUUUUGGUACUCACACCGGCUGAACAAAUUGCUCUUAAUAACGCCAUAGAAGAAAGAAAGAAACUCGAAGGGAAAUUCACGCAAAAGGAUCCUAAAUUGUUUAAAGUGGAAGAGAAAAAGAAAGUGGACGUAGAUCCGAGUAAUGCGAAACCGGAAGUUACGGUCAUUAAGAAGGUUGCGAAAGAAGCAAUGUCCUCCAUUACAACUGGAUCUAUAUUUAGGAAAUAAAUGAUCGUGUUUCAUAUAACCUGUUUUGACGAGUACAAAGUGUACGAUAUAUGUACAUAUAUCUUAUUUUACGCGUUUUAAAUAAUUUUAUAUAUAUAUAUUUUUUUGCAAUU